AACAUUUCCAUUCUUAGGCUGGACUCUAGGCCUUGUGAAGUUCUGAUGUCACUUCUUCCUCUUUACAGGCUCUCGUAUGGCCAAGUUCUGGCGGUUUUUCAACCCCACCAGAGAACAGCCCACGUUUCUAUUGGGGUUCUCGCCCGUCGACGACGCAUGUCCAAUGCACUGCCAUCAGUGACCAAUGCCACUUGGCCGCGCAAUACUUGGUACUGCCAUGACUUCUAACCUGAGACAGUGACAUAUCGUUUGCUUCUCUAUCCUUAGGUAUUGUUAAGCAAUACACCACACUCGUUUGUUAUGCGGAGGACCUCGAAUGCACGUAGACCAAGAGAUUCGCCGCCUUUCCAACAUACCAAUUCGAACCCUUGAGAUGAAGAACCACCGAUGAAGCGCUUGCUCGAGUCGCUGCCUCCUGGCUCCCCAACUUUUAGGAACGGCCAUCAUGGCUUCGGAUCCGCCCAGAAAUUCCGAAGGGAAAAGCGGAAGUGAUGAUGGCGCCGGAUCAUUGGGCGCAGGGGAUAAUGGCAUUGAGGGUCAUGCGACGGACUCUGCAAAAGACGGUUUGCCCCAAGACACUUCUCCCACUGAAACGUCCAGAGUCCGCUUCUCUGUCGAGACAUCUCGCGAGCCGCAGGAUGGCCGUCCUCAAGACCCUGGCGCUGCCUCUCAGAAGCCCGCAGGCAUCCUCAAGGCAUCUUCGUAUGGCCGGCGCCGAGGUUAUUCGCUGAGGCGCACGCUCUUUUCACAGAAUAUCCAGAAACAGGACGCCGAAAAUGAAAGUGACUAUGAAAUGGGAUCCUCGACUGCCUCCAUUGACGGCGACAGACCUGACACACCUGGAUCUCCCAAACGCCAUGCGAGACCGACCGUUGUCAGCAUACAGGAAACGGAAUCUGUCACAAAUCCCGUACACCUGUCAGAUACUGAUCUAGAACUGCCCCUCUACCAUCGGUGGUUGUCCAAACAACACUCGCGCAUGACACUGCUGCAACGAGUGACGAAGCCUUAUAAGCAACUGCGCGAGAGAAUCGCGCAAGCAAACACCAUUCGUCCUAGCGCCGAUGGCAGACAUGUCCGGGUAAGGGUUCUGCAAUCGGAGGAUGCCCUUGACGAGAGAACCGGCAAGCCCUAUAUCAACAACUUAAUCCGCUCUUGUCGCUACACACCACUAAAUUUCAUUCCGCGACAGUUAAUGGCUCAAUUUGGGAAGCUCGCCAAUUUCUAUUUCCUCUGCGUUUCAGUUCUUCAAAUGAUACCUGGCUUUAGUACGACUGGUACCUACACAACGAUCAUUCCUCUGCUGGUUUUUGUCGCGAUCUCUAUGGCAAAAGAAGGCUACGACGAUGUCAGACGACAUCGUCUGGACAAGGAAGAGAACGAAAGGACAACCAAAGUCCUGAGUCUUGGCAACCUCUCGCAAGACAACGGGUUUUGCUCCGGUAGCGUGGUCUGGCAGGAAAAGAGAUGGCGUGAGGUCCGAGUUGGCGAUGUCGUGCUUCUGAAGAGGGACAGCGCGGUACCUGCAGACAUUGUCCUCCUUCAGACCGAUGAAUCAUCCAAUACAGCCUUUGUCGAAACGAAAAGCUUGGAUGGGGAGACCAAUCUGAAGUCUAAAAAGCCCUUGGCUGAUGUGAGUGCGACCUGUGAUGCUCCAGAUGACGUUGCAAAACUGGACGCCGAGUUCGUUGUACAAGACCCCAACCUAGAUCUCUACAAAUUCGACGGGAGAGUAACAAUCGAUAGCAAGACACUGCCCCUGACGAAUUCGGAAAUUCUCUAUCGUGGCAGCGUGCUACGCAACACACCAUCCGCCAUGGGUCUUGUUAUCUACUCUGGCGAAGAGUGCAAGAUCAGAAUGAACGCAAACAAAAAUCCCCGGGUCAAGGCGCCGACUCUACAGUUCAAGGUGAACCGAGUCGUUGUGGUGGUUGCCUCCCUCGUCAUCUUCAUGGCCAUUAUCUUGACUGUGGCAUACAAAAUCUGGAGUCGAACGACAGCAGCCAAGGCUUGGUAUCUUCAGUCUGCGGGUGUUGCCCUCGGCCAUGUCCUGUCAUCCUUCCUGAUCAUGAUGAACACCAUGUUGCCUCUGAGUUUGUACGUCUCGCUCGAGAUAGUAAAGGUGGCUCAGAUGUUCUUGAUGAAUGAUGUGGACAUGUAUGAUCCUGAAACCGACAUACCCAUGGAGCCACAUACUUCGACGAUCAACGAAGAAUUGGGCCAAGUCAGCUACAUCUUCUCCGACAAGACCGGGACUCUCACAAACAACACAAUGAAAUUCCGAAAAAUGAGCAUUGCUGGCACUGCAUGGCUCCAUGACCUUGACAUUCAAGAGGAAGCAGCCGAUGAAGCAGGCCGCGCGAAAUUGAGGCAUAAGAAGCGUGGUGGCAAGGGGAAGAAUGUCCUAGGCCGCAAAAGCAAACAAUCCGUCUCCAGACUCUCUCGCAAGUCCGGAGCCUCGAGUAGAGCUGCGGUCGAAAGGUCUGUAGUCCCCACCAACUAUCCCGAAGAUGUGCAAUGGAAGGCUUCCAGCGGCAUCGAUAUGACUUUGGAAACCGGCAAGACACAGGACUUGUUGGACUAUAUCUAUCAUCGCCCCCAAACCCUGUUUGCGCGAAAAGCCAGAUUCUUCCUGUUGUCUUUAGCGCUCUGUCAUACGUGCAAUCCUGAAAAAGGCGACGACGGGGACAUUAACUACCAGGCUGCUUCACCCGAUGAAGCCGCCUUGGUACUGGCAGCAAAAGAACUUGGAUAUAUCGUCACCGACCGACAAUCCGGAAGCGUCACGGUGAAAACGUACUCGGACAAUGACGAGGAGAACCCGGUCUUUGAGACUUAUGAAGUCUUGGAUGUCAUUGAGUUCUCGAGUGCCAGAAAGCGGAUGUCCAUCAUUGUGCGUUUCCCGGAUCAAAGGAUAUGUCUUCUGAGCAAAGGUGCAGACAGUACUAUUCGGAAGCUACUUCGACUCGCCGAUCUGGCUGCCACGAGUGUGCAAGCAGUUGAAGAACGGGCGACGAAUAGGAAGAGUGUGGAGGCACAAGAAGCCCUGCGACGAAAGAGCACGCAGUUAAGUCGCACUUCAAAUUCGAUUCAUGCAGGUGAUGUGUCCCCACGGCCAAGCAAUGCCACCCUUGGUAGAUCCCGCACCGCCAGAGACAGUAUUGACCAGUGGUUGAGACAUCGGGAGAACGAUCCAGGGAUGUCACGACCUCGUCAUAGUUCACAAUUCUACUCAUCACGACCAUCGGCUCAAUUUGGUGCGCGAGGAUCGGAGAGUUUUGGGGGAAGAGCACAAGUAUCGCCUCAGACCAGUCCACGUCCGUCAAUGCAAGACGACGAUAAUGAUGAUGAAGAGCUUGUAGAAGACAGCCUCGUUAUCAAUGACAAAACUGUCUUUGAGCGUUGCUUUCAACACGUCGAUGAUUUCGCGACCGAAGGUCUACGAACUCUGCUUUAUGGCUGUAGAUUCCUGGCCGAGGAUGAGUAUAAAAAGUGGAAAGACAUCUACAUGUCCGCGACGACGAGCAUUGCGGAUCGACAAGAAAAGAUUGAGCGGGCUGCGGAACUGGUCGAGACUAAAAUGGAACUUGUGGGAGCCACAGCCAUCGAAGACAAACUACAAAAAGGUGUUCCAGACGCGAUCGAUCGCUUGCGCCGCGCAGGCAUCAAGAUGUGGAUGUUGACUGGUGACAAGAGGGAAACCGCAAUCAACAUCGGGCAUUCUUGCCGGCUUAUCAAGGACUAUUCGACAAUUGUUGUACUUGACCAUGAGCUUGGGAAUCUCCAUACCCGUAUGGCCACGGCCUUUGCCGACAUCAACGGUGACAAGACGGCGCAUUCUGUCCUUGUUGUGGACGGUCAAACAUUGACCAUUAUCGAUGCUGACCGGGCUUCAAAGGCGCUUUUCACGGAUGUGGCAAUCCGAGCCGACUCGGUAAUUUGCUGUCGCGCAUCCCCUAGUCAAAAAGCAUCACUUGUCAAGACGAUAAGGAAGAAAGUCAAAGGGUCUGUGACACUGGCUAUCGGCGAUGGAGCAAAUGAUAUUGCCAUGAUUCAGGAAGCACAUCUGGGUAUUGGCAUCGCCGGCAAAGAAGGCCUUCAAGCGGCACGAACCUCCGACUACUCGAUCGGUCAGUUCCGGUUUCUCCUGAAGCUGCUGUUGGUCCAUGGUCGAUGGAACUACAUCCGCAUUUGCAAGUAUAUCCUGGGCACCUUCUGGAAAGAAAUGAUGUUCUAUCUUGUGCAAGCCAUCUACCAACGGUGGACUGGCUAUACCGGCACCAGUUUAUAUGAGCCGUGGAGCUUGUCCAUGUUCAACACCUUAUUCACCAGCCUGCCGGUCAUCUUUAUGGGAGUUUUCGAGAAGGACCUGGCGGCAUCGACCUUGCUGGCUGUUCCUGAACUGUACAACAUAGGUCAGAAGGAUCGAGGGUUCAAUCUCAUAUUGUACUUCUGGUGGGCAAGUCUCGCUGUCUGUGAAGCUACCAUCAUCUUCUUUAUCGUGUAUAGCAUCUACGGGAUGGCGCUAUUUGGACAGGGUCAAGAUUUGUUCUCACUGGGUGCGGUUGCCUUUAGUGGAUGUGUUGUCGUUAUCUCGCUGAAGCUGCAGUUCAUCGAAUUGCACAACAAGUCGGUGGCUGCUGCGAUUGCGAUCUUUCUGUCCGUGGGAGGUUGGUGCCUGUGGAAUUUGAUACUCUCGGUCAUUUACCCCUACCAAGUGCUUUACACCGUGCAUAACGGGUUUACGCGGCGCUUUGGUCGCGAUCUGUUAUGGUGGUUGACGUUGCUCCUCAUCAUACUUUCUGUAUGCCUGCUGGAAGUGACGAUCAAAGCCAUCAGAUCGGCAGUCUGGCCGACGGACGUGGACAUCUUCCAGGGUCUCGAACAGGACCGGGAAGUGCGCAAACGCUUUGAAGAGGCGGCUGCCGACCUUCUUCAGCAGGGCUGGGAUCGUGGCAGCAAGAAGUCAAGCCUGGAACUGGCCAGGGAAGUGGAGAUACAGGCUGAAAGGGAGGCGCAGGUUCAAGAACUGCUGGACAGACCACGUGAGAUGCACAUGCGGAAACCAUACCGGAGAGAAAAUUCUGCCAUGGACGUCAAGGACACCAGCGCUCAACAGGCAGAAGAGUCUCGAGAGAUGGAAGAAGUGCCGAAGAAGUCACUGGACAUUGGUGAGCUCUUCAGUAAAGGAUUUGGCGCAGUCCGCAAGGGCCAGGAGUUACGAUAAGCAUGAUCAUGAAAAGAAUACCCCAUCAGUUAGUCCAGGAUCCCAUGAUAUAUGAUUUUUGGAUGAGAAAACGAAAGCUACGGAAUACAAAAAGGGACGGUUCGUCAUCUGGAAAAUAUUAUAAUUUCUUCCCCGAAAUUCGUCUCAUGACAAAUCAAGGACCUUCUUUCACCAG